AUGUCCACCAAGAAAAAAGUCCGCUUCGGCCAGAUUGAUGCGGACCCCGAGCAGCUCGUGCUCAUAGUAUCCUACACGACUGAAGUUCACCACUUCGAUGAGUAUGGGAAUCCUGUCAGAUCAGAGUCGCAGCCUGGGCAGAAAAUCAUUCGUGUUCCGCGAGGCAUGCGAGGAUCCGAGGUUCGCGGACUCACUCAGGAGGUCAUGGAGAAGUUUAAGAAGUACAUCCCAGUUUCGAAGGCUGGCGAAGUUGAGCAAUUAUUGAUGGCGCUGGCAGAGCACGAGGCAGGGCAGCUUGACCAGCGCCAGCACCCGCUGCACCAGCCACAGCCUGGACGGCAGGAGCCGCCUCCUCCGCCGCCACCGCCUCCACCGCCAGCCCCACAGCAGCGUCGGCAGGAGCCUUUGCUACCGCAAGCAGAUGUUCGGAACAUCGAGGAUUAUGCUGACCAGCUCUACGAGGACCGCAUGGAGAAAAAGGUCGUCGGGGUGAAACACAUCCUGAGAGUCUGCACAGAGCCAACGAACUUGGAAAUCCUGGCCGAGCACGAGAAUUUGUUACAGGUGCUCAGCCGCGAGCUCCGGGAGAACUCCAAGAAGAGUUUCGACCUGUCUGUGGUGACUGUCUGCGUCUUCCUGUGUUUUUCCCAUUUCUCACAGUUUCAUCCCGUGCUGAUGCAGAACCAAAUUGGCGAUGUCACCAUGCGGGUUAUGGAAUACGAGAGCCAAAGGGCUCAGGUGCGGAGGGAAGAUAUGGAAAGGAGGCAGCGGAGGGUGCAAGAGCUUGAACUUGAAGAGAAAUGCACGGCUGAGGACAAGAAGUUGUUGGCCAAGGACGAAAAGAAGUACAAGCUCCAGAUGAGAAAGCAGAACAAGCUUAUGCACGUGUGUCUGUGUGUUCUGCUCAACCUGGCAGAGGAAAUCUCAAUCGAGAAGAAGAUGGUCAAUCGGAAAAUGCCGACACUCCUGCUGCAGCUACUGGACAGGAGUCAGGAAGACCUGCUGUUGGGGGUCCUGACCUUCUUGAAGAAGCUUAGCGUCUUCGAGGAGAACAAGGAUCAGAUUGCCGUACCUCAGACCUUGAACAACUUGGUCAGAUUGGCACAGCAUCCCAAUGCUCGAAUCUCGCUAUUGGCGCUUCGUCUUUUGUUUAAUCUAUCCUUUGAUGAGAGAGUGCGAGCUGCUUUGGUGGAGUCGGGCAUCAUCAAGCUGCUGGUUGAUCUUCUGAAGAAUCCACCUUUCCGCCAUAUAGUCUUGCGCCUGUUGUACCACUUCUCCAUGGACGACCGCUGCAAGUCACUCAUGGCAUACCACAGGGAUGGCAUGAUCAUGCUGCUCCAGCUGGUUGUCCAUUUUCCGGAGCCACGGGUGGGAAAGGAUUUAGUGGCCCUGAUGGUGAAUCUCGCCGCGCAUGCUCGCGCAGCAGAGGUCAUUGUGCAAAGCGGCCUGUUUCCAGCAAUUGUUCUCCGCGUAUUGAAGCACCGGGACCCUUUGCUCUGCAAGGUGAUACGGCACGUCGCCUCACAUUCGGGCGUGCUAGAACAAAUGUACGAGCUUCUACAGAGCGAAGAUGUUCGCAUGGCCAAGUGGAUGCAUGAGUUCGUCCGCAUGGCAGGGUCCUCUGUUGACAACCCAGAUAUGCUGGUGGAGGUGCUGGGAACUCUGGCCAAUGUCACACUGGAGGAGGUGCCUUGGGCCGAGCUCUGUGAGGAGGGGCUCCUGGAGCUGCUGACGCGGCUCCUGGUCCCCAGCUUCUCCGAGGAUGACUUGGUGCUCGAGUGCGUGCUCUUGGCGAGCAACCUCGCUUGCUGUCCAGAAUCAGCGCAGCACAUUGCGGGCUCGCGACUACCGGCACUGAUGCAGGACUUGUUAGUGGAGAAGCGAGAGGACGAGGAAAUUGUCGUGCAGUUGCUCUUUGUAUUCCACUGCCUGCUGCAUCACGACGAGGUUCGCGAAUAUGUUCUGCAAGAGACGGAGCUGGCGCCUUGCAUCAUGAGGUUCGCACGAGCGCGAAAUCCUCUGGUUCUAGAGUAUGCAACUGCUCUGCUGCAGAUCGUAGCGACCACCAACGAUGCUCCGGGUGCUGAGGAUGGAACUCCAGCUUGGGUAGAGCAGAUCAAGGCCUUCCGCUUUGAGCAGCAUAACCCAGAAUGGUGCAGAUGUGUCACCAGAGAGCUGAGUGGUGGUACUGGCAUGUCUCCUGGUGGAGCAUAUGGCGGUUACUAUGACGAUCAUGAGGGCAGUGGGGCGGAGGAUGAAGAAGAGUUCGCAUUCCACUGGGCGGGUGUUGACGCUGCCGAUCCUCGAGACCUUGCGAAGCGCGAUUGGGCCAACCAGGAUUUCGCAAAGCUUUCCCAUUCCAGCCGGUGGCAAACAUGA